AUGUCGGUGCGUACAGUAUUUGUGAUCGGCGCUAGUGGUAAUGUCGGUAAAGCCACGGUGAAGGCCCUCUCUGCAAACCACGGAGGGUCUCUUGACAUUCGAGCUGGUGUACGAAAUCCCGAGAAAGCGUCCGACUUGGAUUCCCUUCUUUCAGUUACGGUCGUGCGAGCUGAGAUGGGGAAACGCGAUGAGCUCGUUGAAAUCUUUCAAGGAGUCGACGUAUUGUUUAUUGUUGUUCCAGGAGCUCCUGAUCGCGUGGAGUUGACACGUAUAACAGCCGAGGCUGCAAGAGAUGCACGAGUGAAGCAUAUUCUCACCAUAGGAGCGUUUGGUAAACCUAACUUGGCACUUACUAGACAAAUGCGGGAGAUUGAGAAUAUCAUAACCAAUCUUGGUCCAAACUAUACAAUCCUUCGCUUACCCUGGUUCAUGGACAACUUUUUUGGCUUCAAAGAUACCAUACAGAAAUUCUCAGCGAUCUAUGACAGUAUAGACCCAAGCAAACGUUUUCCCACCGUUUGUAUGGAUGACCUAGGUUAG